UUUAAGGAUUUGUUUGUUGAAUUUUGUAGGGUUAAUACGAUAUGAGUUUGAACUGUGAAAAUUUUUUUGAUAUAAGUGUUGAAAGUUUAAACAAACGUAUUUGGUGAGUUUGAAAUUAUAGUUGUUAGUUUUAGGCUGGGUGACCGGAGGUGACCCAAGGCAAUUAUUGAUGGCCGGCUAUGGUGGGUGGUGGUGUGUCGCGAGCGUGGCCGAAAAUGGCAGGUACGUGGCCUGCAAAGGUGGUUGGCGCUUGAAAGACGGAGGACUGAAUCUAUUUACUCUACCAUGAUAUAUAUAAAAAAAUGAACCUUAUCAAACAAUUCUUAACUAUUUUCUUUAGACAAACAACGUACAUAUACACUAAUCAAUCAAAAGAGAAAUGAUGCAUGCAAACUCUUUGCCUUGUUCCAACUUCCCAUGGCAACACUACUCUAGAAAAUUUAAUCUCUCCUCGGAGACGUCGGCCAGCGAGGACGACGUCUCCGUUUCGAAUCGGUCGGUGCUCGCGGCCAUCGAGUCUUCCAGGCUGCGGCUGGCCAACGAGGCUGCGGGUGGUGCCUUGCCCGUCGAAUUCAUCGGCGAAAAUUCGUCCGAUCAUCAAAGCCAUCUAUGGGGUCAUCUUCUCUUAAGUGGAGGGAGCACUAGCGGAGGAUUGGAUUACAAAAGUCAACCACAAGAGAUUGGGGAGAGCAGCAUGCUCAUCAACCUUUCAUCAUCACCAUCAUCAAACACCACCACCGCCGCCGCCACCACAACCACCGCCACCACCGCCACCACCAACUUUAUGUUUGACAUUAUGUCAUCGAGUGACGAGGACUACUUGAACAGAAUGGGGACUACAACAACACUGGACCAUCAUCACCACCAUCAAGACUACUACAACGCCUUCAUCAACAAAGACAACGACAAUCUGCACCAAUAUGGCGGCGGAGGCGAUGGUCAAACGGAGAUGUUUGACCACCACCGCCUGCCGCCGUUGUCAUUCACCGACGAACACCUGUUGCAGGGUGUUUCAUACAAUCAUAAUGGUAUCAUGGGAAGUGCGUGUUUUCCGGGGGGUAACGGUUUGAAUGAGUAUAAUUGCAGCGGCGCUCCUGAUCUGAUCAAAGCCAUCCCGCCGGAUUUUCCGGCGGGAUGUUUUGGGAAUGGUAGUAGUAAGAAGCGGGGAGCCGCCGUCGGUCUUCAUACUUCUCCGUCUAGGGCACCAUCAACAUGCAGCACCAUAUCAAGGAGCAAUAGUGGGAGGUGCCAAGGAAGUCUUGCUACUACUAAGGAUGCAAAGAAGAAGAAACUUGAAGAACAUGUGGAAAAAAUGAUCUUAAAAAGACCCAAAGAUGAAAAAUCAUCUUCCAAAGAGGAAAAAAUGAUACAACAACAAGUUCCAAAGGUUAAGCUUGCAGAUAAAAUCACAGCACUCCAACAGAUUGUGUCUCCAUUUGGAAAGACUGAUACAGCAUCUGUGUUGUGGGAAGCUUUAGGCCAUAUCAGAUUCUUGCAAGAGCAGAUCCAGCUUCUAACCAACGCCCACGCUAAGAGCAAUGCAAUAAGAAAGGAUGUUCCAUGGGGAGGGUUUAUAGUGGCCGGCGGCAGAAAAGAUGCCGGCGGCGGCGGCGGAGAAGACGACGACGUUGAUCUACGGAGCAGAGGGCUCUGCUUGACCAAAAUCGCAUUCCUCGCCAUUUCAAUUCAUUUCCAAACUCCCCUGACACUAGCCAUGGCGGAAGCGGAGCUUCAUCUCCACGCGCCGCCGCCGCCAAACCCUACCUCCGCCUCUCUCGCUCUCAAUCCACCGCCGCUGGCUCAGUUCAAAUCUGAGUCUCUUCCUCCUCCUUCUCCUCCCAGCGACGGAGGAUUCGGUCCGCUUCUAUGGCUACAGAACCGCCGGCCGAGGGUUAGGGUGACGUCGGAAUACGACAGCGACAGCUCCGUUUUCCUGCACAAAAUCUCCUGCAAGCUGCUGGACAGCUUAGCCAAGGUGAAGCUGUCGUUUCAGAACGACGGGAAAGGAGAGAUUUCGGAGCCCCAAUUGGACUUGACUUCCAAGUACUUGUCCUUGCACUACGACGUUGAAGACCAAAACGCCAUUGUCAAGGCUAAUUUCGACCUCACUCCCUCCCUGCAGUUGAAGGCCAUUCACGAUGUCAAGUCGAAACAAGGAGAAGUUGCUAUGGUUGCAGAUCUUUCCGGUCCUGCCUAUAAGUUAGAAUUGUCCUCUAGUGUUCCGGCUCUUGGCACAGCGCCGAAAGUCACCUUUAAGUUCCCCCAUGGUGAAGUUUCACUACAGGAUAAAGAGGUGGAGGAAGAGGAAGCAAAGAAAGCGUUCUCCAUAAAUGGAAUCCUCAAGGGCCAUAUUUUAAAUGGAGUUUGCACUGCACAAUACAAGGAUGAAUUGUUAGAUUUAGGAUACUUAUAUAAGGAUGAGCAAAUGACUUUAAAUCCUCAAAUUAGCUUGCCUUCAAAUGCAGUGUCAUUUGCAUUCAAGCGUCGAUUUGGUCCUUCAGACAAGUUGAGCUACUGGUAUAAUUUUGAUACAAACUAUUGGAGCACUGUGUACAAACACACAGUCAGCAAAGACUACAAGCUUAAAGCAGGUUAUGAUUCAGAGGUGCGACUUGGAUGGGCAUCUUUAUGGGUGGGAGAUGAAAGUGGGAAAGCAAAGUCGGCGCCGAUGAAGAUGAAAGUCCAAUUCAUGCUUCAAGUGCCACAAGACGACAUUAAAGCAUCGGCUCUGAUGUUCCGCUUGAAGAAGAGAUGGGACAUAUGAAUAUUGUUUGGAUUAUAUGUAGACCAGAUGUUCCAAGGGCACAAUGUAAUGUGUUUCUUAUUUUUACAUAAUUACAUAGUAUAUUGCUUUGGAUGUUUUAGUGUAAGAUGAGAUGGUUCUUUAUAAUCCUAUUAAUGAAUGGCUUAUGUUUUG